AUGGGGUUCACCAAAGAAAAUGCCAUGAUUGGCAUUAUUGGCAUGGGUGACAUGGGCAAAAUGUAUGCCCAGUUGCUCAGCCAAGCUGGGUGGAGGAUUAAUGCUUGUGACAAGCUCGAUAGCUAUGAAGAUUUGAAAAAAGAAUUUGAUUCUCGACAAGGUGUUACCAUCUACCCGAAUGGGCACCUGGUUUCACGGAUUAGCGAUUUCAUUAUAUACAGUGUAGAGGCUGGUGUUAUUGACAAGGUAGUGGCAGAAUAUGGCCCAUCUACCAAGGUCGGCGCCAUUGUGGGCGGCCAAACGUCCUGCAAAGCUCCCGAGCUGUCCGCGUUCGACAAGCAUCUUCCCUCGGAUGUAGAAAUUGUAUCGUGCCAUUCGCUACAUGGACCCAAGGUCAACCCCAAGGGUCAACCCCUGGUCCUCAUCCAGCAUCGUGCGUCGGAUGAGAGUCUCCGGUUCGUGGAAACCGUCCUGUCGUGUUUCGGAUCCGAAUAUGUCUACCUUACUGGUGAGAUGCACGACCGCAUUACUGCAGACACCCAGGCCGUUACACACGCUGCGUUCCUUAGCAUGGGGACUGCAUGGCAAGCAAACAAGCAGUUCCCCUGGGAGAUCUCCCGUUGGGUGGGAGGAAUCGAGAACGUCAAGAUCAACAUCACCCUGCGCAUCUACGCAAAUAAAUGGCACGUCUAUGCCGGCCUAGCCAUUCUUAACCCGGCGGCAAAGACACAGAUCCGCCAGUAUGCGGAGUCGGUGACCGACCUCUACAAGCUCAUGAUCGAGGGCCGCCGAGACGAACUCAAGCGCCGGGUCAGAGAAGCGGGCGCAGCUGUUUUCAAAGCAGACACAGAAGGUCAAGAUCUUUUGCUGAAAGAUGAAGUUCUGGAUCGGUUCUCUCUCUCGAAGGGGCCCCGUGAAGAGACGCCGCCGAACAAUCAUCUGAGUCUGUUGGCGAUUGUUGAUUGUUGGUCCAAGUUGGGAAUCGUCCCAUACGACCACAUGAUCUGUUCCACCCCCCUUUUCCGUCUGUGGCUGGGUGUGACAGAAUAUCUCUUCCGCAACCCAGAACUUCUUGACGCGGCAAUUGAUACUGCCAUCGACGACAAGACAUUCCGUUCGGAUGAUCUGGAAUUCACCUUUGCGGCCAGGGCUUGGUCCGACUGCGUUUCAUUCGGUGACUUCGAAUCCUACCGCGAUCGAUUCGAGCGGAUCCAGAAAUACUUCGCUCCUCGUUUCCCCGAGGCCAGCAAGCUCGGAAACGAGAUGAUGAAGACCAUCCUCGAGAAGACUAGUACCGGACAACCCUGA